AUGGCCCGCCCGGUGCUGCUCCCUCUGGUCGCUACGCUGGCUGCCUUCUUUGGCGCCCUCAGCUUCGUGGGCUCCUCGGGCCAGGCACGCAGCUCCUGCAGCCGCGUGCCCGCGCGGGUCAGCGCGGAGUACCUGGAGCGCUGCGGCCCCAAGGACUCGGACGUGCCCUUCGGCAGCGCCAGCGCCACGGGCCCGGGUGCCACCGUGGAGUUCAAGAAGCGGCCCUUCGGCAUCCUGCGUUACCAGCCGGGCCAGGGCGGCAAGGGAGCCAUGGCCAUGGAGAUCAUCCCCAAGUCCAGGUACCCCGGUGAUCCUCAGGGCCAGGCCUUCGCGGCAGGUGUGCAGAGCGGAUGGGUGGUCGCCUCCAUCAAUGGCCAGGACAUGCUCAACGAGGAUUUCGGCAAGAUCAUGGAUCUCUUGGACGAUGAGGUGGCUGAUCCCCGCUUCUCCAAGUCGACGGCCUUGGCGCUCGAGAAGCAGGGUGGACGCUUGGCCGAGCCUGUCGAGGCCCCGCUCUCCGUGGUCUUCAACUCCAUCCCGGGCUACACCUACAAGGGCGCUGCGCUGACAGAGGACGGUCAGGACGGCUUCGCGCGCUGA